CCCUUGACGUCGACCUCACAGACACCGAUAUACUCGAACGCAGGAUACCAAAUUCUGGGAUAUAUAUUGGAGUCAAUCGCAAAAGCCGACUAUGAAGACAUAUUAUUGGACCGCCUGAUCAAACCACUCAACUUGACUCGAUCUUACCUUCACGUCCCCGAUCCCAGCUUCGCGGUGAUUCCCUCCAAUGAAACUUUCAGUUGGUUUGAUUAUGAGUUUGGCGAUGAAUCUCCUGCUGGAAACAUUUUCUCUUCCGCGAAGGAUAUGGCUAUAUUCAGCCGUGCCGUUCUUUCCAGCGCCCUUGUUGACCCUGCCGUGACAAGAAGGUGGCUGAAGCCGGUAACACACACCUCAUCCCUACAACAUUCCGUGGGCGCCCCCUGGGAAAUCUAUACAUUUUUGACACCUCGUCGGGUCGACCUAUACACCAAGGCUGGGGAUAUCGGACUGUACUCCAGUUUUAUCGCCCUUUCACCAGAUCACAAUACCGGCUUCACGGUUUUAGUAGCCGGUGAUAAUUCACACGCAAUGACAUCCACAAUCGGGGAGAUGGUUGCCGAUAUCAUGCUUACCGCGCUUGAUGAAGUAGCCAAAGACCAAGCCCUUAAACGCUUUGGGGGCACAUAUGCCUUGAUGAGCAGCUCCUCCAAUUCCUCCAUCACCCUCACGGCCGAUGAAGGGGCUGGAUUGGUAGUCUCAGCAUGGACGAGCAACUCGGUCGACAUGAUCGAGACUUUGAUGACUUUGCAAGGAGUCACAGAUGGCUCUCCGAUAAGCAUUCGUCUACAGCCUAGUGGUCUUGAGACUCCGGGGCGGACCUCCUUCUUAGCUGUUAUUUAUAGCCUUAGUGUCUCGGAAGAUGCUGGGCCCAUUGUUGGCUCCUGCUUCUCCUGGAUGUUGCUAGAUUCCAUGGUGUAUGGCAACGUUGGUCUCCCAGAGUUUGAAUUCGCACUUGAUCAUGAUGGGGAUGCAACGAGCUUAUCCCUUCGGGCAUUACGUGUUACUCUUCCUAGAGUCUAA